GGAAGCAGCGAAGCAGUGUUUUGGUUGCUGUAGCGGGAAUUCAAUGUGUGCAAGCCCAGUGCUCAGGCGGUUAUUGAGCAUUUUCAUUAGAUUAACGUUCGGGUGUGAAUUCGUGAGGCAGUGUUGAUGCGCUGAAAUCGCCGUGUUGUUACAGGCGUGUUUUUGACCAAGCUAAAUAAAGUAGCUACAGUUAACACUAGCGAAUCAUGUCAGAAAAGCAUCUGAAACUAAAGCUUAAGCGAAAGAGAGCAGCCAUUCAGGAGGACAAAAGUGAACAACAUUCAAGUAUCCCUGUCAAAAAAAGCGCAGGAGUACCGAUUCAGUUUUCAUCUUCUGAAAGUGAUCUACGCUCAGAGACAACCGGAGAUCCAUAUGACAGCAAACCUGGGGUGUGGUGGGACAGGCCGGACCUCCAAGCUGUGGAAAAGCUUUGGGCAGUGACUCUGAAGUCUGCCAUCCCCAAUCUAGGGCACGGUGUCUGGGAGACGGUGCCUGACCUCCCUCUGGCCUCUCCGGUGACAUGUUCUGCAGAAGAACCAAAUCGGUGGAAGUGGUGCAGUUUAGGGGAAGAAGUAGGCCCUCUUCCCUCUCCUCCCAAACCACCUGUCAGCUCCUCUGCCAACCUGGACGGCCGUGGGCCUAACCACAAGGUCCGCCCCGUCAAUACAAGUCCGGUUUCUGAGAGCACGGAGACUCCACCGGACCUCGGCCUACAAAAUGGCCGUCUGAGUUCUGUCCCCGCUCAGGAGGAGGCAGGAGAGGGGACGAGUGUCCGAAAUCCAGAACCCCCCGUCCGUCAGCCAGCGAACGUGACGGGACGGCAGCCUCAAAACCCUUUCUCCUUGAGGAAGGUCCUCAUGGGCGGGACAGGGCGCGGGGAGCGGGACGAAUGGUCGCCCUCCUCCGGUGAUGGAGGGCAUGAGGGGAAUCGGACAGCAGGGAGAGCCUUGUUGGAGGGAGCCCGGGGAGGGGGUGCGGAGGGAGCUGUGAUCAAACGGAGGCUCCCUGCACACGCGGCGGCUGGGUCUGACAGCAGCGCCCCAGAGCAGCAGCACAGGACCGUCAGACCCCCUGUGGGGCAGGGGGACGUGUCUGGGACCCCUCAAAACCGUCGGAAUUCAGCUGGAGGAGCUGCAGCCGCCAUGGAGACCUGCCCCAUGUGUCUCCUGCCCUUCCCCUCUGGGUUCACCCAGAUGGAGUGCGACAGCCACCUGGCCAAAUGCUUGUCUGAGAUGAGCGAGGAUAUCACGUGGUGAUGCCUGCCCUGUCUCCCGUUGGCUUUCUGAAACCGAACCCCCCGCGCACCACACUGCAGUCCAAGAUCAUAAGUUCAGUUUGUGCAGAUCAGUAUUUUUGCAUGGGUUGCGCUAAGAGGACAUCUCCCCUUCCUGCCUUCACGUUAACCCUUUGGUGACCCUUUUUUUUGUUGUCAGUUAUUUAAUUUACCUUGAAAUGCAGGGGUGCACAACUCCGUUCCCGGAGGGCCGGUCUGCGUGCUGGGUUUUUGUUCCAACCAAUUAUAAUUUCAUCUUCAUUUUCUGACUCUCUAAAUAUUACACUGGUUCACUCCUGUACUGGAUCACAGUAAAAUCUUUAGGACACACCUGCUGCUGAUGCAAAUAACCAAGAUGCAGUAUGAUUGAGCUAAUCAAAUAAUUAGGAGCAGAAGUCGCCUCAAAAUCCUGAAACGGUUCUGCCCUUGCUGCGCACACCCCUGCUUUAACGAAAUGCCCCAGCAAAAAUGCAAUAAACACCAGCGGCCGUGGACCCCUUGGACAGAGAUGUAAACUGUAUGAGGCAGCUGCAUGAGGCACUGCUCACGGCUCUGCUGCAGCACACAGUGAACACGGACACUCUGAUCAGUGUUCGUUCUGAUCGCACGUGACGUACAGUAAUAUGCCAGCCAGGACACGGGCUAGAAUAUCGAUUUAUGGAAAAAUUAAAUAACACAUCUCCUUUAUCAAAAGACAGCAAUGUUUCAAUUUUAAUUUCUAAUGUGCAAGAUGAUUGAGUUAUAGUAAGCAUUAGAAUAUCCACUUCUCUGUACAAUUUCGCAUAAAGAAGUCAAAGAAAAUACCACACACCCAGAAAUCAAUGAACAGAAUGUACAAAUUAAGUACAAUGAACAUGUUUCCUGGUUUACAGUCAUUACCUAGGAUUUUCCUUAAGACUAUAAUCUUUAAGACCAAACAAUGCCACACCAUACUUCCCAAACUCUCAAUCCCAUUGAAGAUUUGAUUUUUCUGUACACACUGAAUUAUAUCUUUUAAUUUAUAAAACAAAUGCUUCAAAUAUAAAAUUUUCCCCUCUAGCACAUUGAUAGAACAUAAUUUGCUUUGGGCUCAACACAAGAAGAAUGCAGAGAAGAUACAAUAGCUUGCAACGGUUGCAGUAUUUGGCAAUGACCAGUAAUGUGUUUGACGCCUUUUUAAAAAAUAAAGAUCACUCUUGAACUUGCAUCUACUGACCUCAGACAGUAUCUUGGGCUUAUUGCAGUUGUGACUCUUUGAGAAGACUGCAGAAGGACUGAUCUCCACAGCGCAGAUAUUCGCCGCUGAAGGUUACACACAGGCCAGUUCAGUUCACAGACAACCCAGGGAUAGGUUUUCUUCAUAAUUACAGAUAUUUACAUUAACGCAUGGAGUGCAGCCAAGCUUGUCAUACCACCGGAUAAGAGGUAACAACCACACUUUAAGCAACAAUCAGAUUUAAAAUGCAUACUUCUA